CAGACCGGGUGGCAGGCAGCAGGCAGCAUGUCCUCUAAAGUUCAAUCCAAAGGCCCCAAGGCCAAGGACCAGCCCGCCCCAGCCCCAGAGAGUCGGCCACCCCCAAAGGCCAAUGCUGAAGCCAUGCACUUCCUCGACUCCCUCAGGCAGGAGGAGCUGCAGAUGCUGUUCUUCUCCGAGACUCUGGCCAUGGUCUCGAACACGGGGGAGCCUCAGGGAGAGCUGACCAUUGAGGUGCAGAGUGGGAAACACGAAGACAACAUGGGCACCAUGUCGCAAUGCGCCCUCGUGCACGCCUUCACCCGUGGCUUCGUGGACAAGAUGCUCUGCGGAAACUCUCUCCUGGGCUAUCUCACCUGGAACCUGGAGAUCAUGGAACAACAUAGUCAGGAGUUCGUCAAGUUCCACGUCCUCCCCAUGGAACGGAAGACGAGUUUGCUGAAGCAGGGGGACCAGCUGGCCAUGACCAGAAGUAUCAAGGAGGGUGAGGAAGUGAGGAACGAAGUGACAUUCUUCCCCUGGCACUCAACCGCGGGCUUCAUCUCCCAGGCUGCCAACCUGCUGCUGCUGAGGGUGAUGGCCUGGAGGCGGAUGGUGCCCAAAAAUGCCCGCUUCCUGGCCUUGGACAUGGAGGGCAAACUCUGCUAUUCCACUUACCAAGCCCUGGGCUCCCAGACCAUCCAGGUGGACCGUCAGCAGGCGGAAGUAUUCAUCGUGGAGCAGACCGUACACUCGGAUGAGGGCAUCCCCUUUUCCUGCCAGUUCUACUUGCUCUCUGACGGGCACCUGGCCAAGCGAGUCCAGGUGGGCUCCCCCGGCUGCUGCAUCAUCACCAAGAUGCCCGUCUUGAGGGAGGAGGAUGAGAUUGAGCCUCGCCCAGUGUUUGAGAAGAAGCCCCUGGCGUGGGAGGAGGACAUAGAGCUGCACUCGAAGUUCCUGGAACGGAAGGAGGAGCUGCGCCUCAGCCACACCAGGUACCUGCAGCAGCACCCCGACGGCCAGGCGAUCGUCUCCGACUUCCUGCUCUUCCUGCUGCUGCGCCAGCCGGACGACGUGGUCACCUUCGCCGCCGAGUUCUUCGGGCCCUUCUCCGUGCGCCGCCCGCCCACGCCCGCCCUGCGCUCCUCCACCCCGCGCAGCCCCUUCCGCUCGCUGGACCCCGCGGCCAAGCGCGAGUCGCACCAGGCCCGCGCCCUGAAGCUGGGGCCCGGCCGGGACCCGGAAGCCUUGCUCUCCCUGCUGCGGUUUUGAUGCGAAUAAACCGAGCUGGAACCUUC